AUGGAGAGGAGGGUUCUUGAUGUAUGGAGCACUUUGAUGGAGCCGGCUACAGACGGGAGACCUCUUAAUACAUUGAGGACUGAGGCGAGCGCUAUUGAGAGGAGGGCUCUUAACGCAGGGAGGAAUGAAACGAGGAGAAUUAUGGAGAGGAGGACUGUCAAUGUAUGGACUGAGUUGAAAAAAAGCUAUAAAUAUGAGGGCUCUUAA